AUGACUGAACCAAUCAGUGCAAACAACAAACAUGUUGUAACAGCAGAAAGUGCUAGGCUUUACUUUCUGACAAGAUUAUCUACAUUGUUAUCGUUUCCGGGAACAAGUAUCAAGGCCUUGAGUCCAGUUCCUGCAAUCAGAGCCAUGAGUUUGUCCAAUUGGAACUACUUUGGUAUGGGUUUUUUCGCUUGGACCAUCGAUUCCAUGGAUUUUUUUUGUGUCAGUGCUUCUGCCACCGCUAUUGCUGAAUCACUCAAUGUUUCUGUUACCGAUAUCACCUGGGGUAUCACAUUAGUGCUCAUGCUUCGUUCUGUUGGUGCGUUUCUAUUUGGGAUCAUCGGAGAUAACUACGGUCGUAAAUGGACAUUGAUUACUUGUUUAGCAGCAUUCGUGGUUCUCGAAAUUGGUACAGGUUUUGUACAAACUUAUGAACAAUUUUUGGCAGUUAGGGCCAUAUUCGGGAUUUUCAUGGGUGCAUGUUGGUCAUUAGCUGCCUCAACAGCCAUGGAAGACGCACCAUUAAUUUCUCGUGGAUUUUUAUCAGGGUUGUUCUUACCAGGUUAUAACCUUGGGUACAUUUUUGCAGUGAUUUUUUGGAGAGCAUUCGAAUUCACACCACACUCAUGGAGAGCCUUGUUCUGGUUUUCUGCCGCUCCUCCAUUCUUGGUCAUCUUGUGGCGGUUGCCAUUUCCAGAAAUGAAGUUCUUUAAAGAAUACCAGCAAACAAUAUUGGAGAAAAACCUUAAUUCUCCAGAAGCUGCCAGAACUGAUAACGCCAUCGUUCAUUUCUUCAAAACUAACAAGCUUUUAAAGUUCUUUAAGGACGACUGGCUUCUUUUCGUUUACUUAAUCUUUCUUAUGGCGGGGUUCAACUUCAUGUCCCACGGUUCUCAGGAUUUGUUCCCAACUAUGCUUAAAAAUCAAGUAGGUCUUGGUUCUGACGCUAUCACCGUUACAAUGGUUGUGGUCAAUUUGGGAGCUUUGCUUGGUGGAUUCUGUAUUGGGCAAUUCACGGAAUUGACUGGUCGUCGUUUUGGUAUCAUGUUCUGUUGUGUUUUCGGAGGUGCGUUUAUCUAUCCAACUUUCUUCAUUCAUAAUCAAUCAGCGAUCAUGGGCGCAGGAUUCUUUUUACAAUUUGCGGUUAUGGGAACAUGGGGUAUUGCCAGUGUUCACUUAUUUGAAUUGACGGCAAAAUCUCCAUACAGAACCAUGAUUUCUGGUCUUGCAUACCAACUUGGGAAUUUAGCCAGUUCAGCCAGUUCAACCAUUGAAUCAAGUAUUGGAUCACGUUUUCCUUUAGAUACUGUCAAUGGGAAAACUGCUCAUGGCGCAUACAACUAUGGUAAAGUUAUGGCAAUCUUCAUGGGUUGUGUGUUUGGCUACAUGUUGAUCAUAUCCUUCUUGGGUCCGGAAAAGUUCCAUAACGAGCUACAAACUGAGGAGAUGGAAGAAGUCAGAAACUUGGGUCAAAUUGAAGAUGGCUUAAGUGUCAUCUCUUCAAAACCUGAAGUUGAUCACUACGAAUCUUAG